UAAUUCACUACCCCCUUACCUCCAUCUCAGGGUUCACAGUGACCUCAACCCUUCCUUCAACGUGUCCGCCGGGUGGCCCUCAACAUAUGCUGACUUUUUUUUUCUUCACUUCACUGCUCUGCCCUUCCCAUUGGAUCUGUCGCAACUUCUUGCAUACAGCCUGGCGACACGAUAUCCCAAGGCAGUCGAGGUAUAGAUUGAGCCAAUACAAUUACAAGCUUGUCCAGUGUUCCUCGUCGCCAGACACCAUAGCCACAACCAUGGACGCCGUCCGCUCCGCCCUCCAGCCUGUCACCCACAACCUCCCGGCCCCGAUCCGCGACCUCGGCGUCUCCAUCAUCGGCGAACACUGCUACAAGUCCCUCCUGCUGGACAUCAACGUUGAGGAUGUAGACUGCAUCAAGCUCGGCCUGUCCAAGGGCAUCGGCCUCGGCAUCGUCGGCGUCUCGAGCAUCGUCAAGCUGCCGCAGAUCCGCAAGCUCACCUCGUCGCAGUCGGGCGAGGGCAUCUCCGUGCUGUCGUACCUCCUCGAGACGGCCUCCUACCUCGUCUCGUUGGCCUACAACUACCGCAACCAGUUCCCCUUCAGCACCUACGGCGAGACGGCGCUCAUCAUGGGCCAGAAUGUCAUCAUCACCGUCUUGGUGCUCAACUAUACUGGCCGCGCGAGCCUGGCUGCCGUGUUUGUGACGGCGUUGGCUGUUGCGCUGGGAACACUGUUUGCUGGGAGCUUGGUCGAUAUGCAGACGUUGGGAUACCUGCAGGCUGGCGCGGGCGUGUUGAGCGUCGCUAGCAAGGUUCCCCAGAUUUUGGCGAUUUGGUCCGAGGGCGGCACCGGGCAGCUCAGCGCAUUCGCUGUCUUCAACUACCUCGCCGGCUCCCUCUCGCGCAUCUUCACCACCCUCCAGGAGGUCGACGACAAGCUCAUCCUGUAUAACUUCAUCGCCGGCUUCCUCCUCAACGCCGUCCUCGCGUCCCAGAUGGCGUACUACUGGAACGCUCCCUCCAAGAAGGCCAAGGGCAAGCAGAAAGUUCCCAUUCCUGCUGCCCCUUCCACUGGUUCCUCAUCGGCUACUUCGACGCCCGCCAAGAAGGGUCCCAGCACCCGCCGCCGCGGUUGAGUGCGUAGUUCUCUCGAAAGGGGUAGACUUUCCCUUUUGAAGGCGGCUAGAGCGUUUAGAUACCAUGUUGUUGCUUCUAUAAUACAGUGAGCACAUUUUAGAACUUGUU